AUGAAGGGGGACAUUUCGGUGGUCAUUUUCACCAUUUCUAUAUUGCUGCCCGAAUUCUCGUCCCCCACGUUUCUAGGAGGGACCAUCAACUGGAGAGAAAGCCGAAGAAAGCUACGUUUCACUUGGAGAAUGACAUUUGAAAGAGGGACAGGCCCCUGUGGUUCAGGCUGCUCGAUCACGGACAUAGGGAAGAAAACCAACACGGGGCCACCUUUCAACGACACGCUUUGGACAUGUGCAGUAGGAUGUUCGAACCACAUGAUCGGAAGUGAUAUGAAUUAUGUUAUAACGGCAUUGGGGGAAAAUCCAAGCUGGGAACAAGGGGAACAUACAUUUGAGCAAAGAAUGAUAGACACCAUAUUUACAAUUUCGAUGCAUAUACCAUCCGCCCUGAAUAGCGGCAACACAGUAACAUUAUCUACAACAGUUGACACACGUGUUCGAAACGAUACACAAAGUAUAAACGCCAGUCCUGUCGCCGCUCUGCCUCCUUACACCGGAAUACGUUUUGGGUGCAUUUCAAAUAUAUCACUUCCUGUGAUAGACCCCGAUGCCGAUACUAUCAAAUGUCGCUGGGCAACGACCUCGGAGUGUGGCAAAAGUUGUACCGAUCUUCCACAGGCAUAUAUAGAUGAAAACUCCUGCACAAUUCACAUAAACGCGACGAACCAAACAGGAUUUACAGCGGGGAGCAGAUACCGGGUAGCCGUUACAGUCGAGGACUUCCCGAGAUUUCCAAUCAAACUCGCCUCAAAAGUUCUUCUCCCAAAUCAACCAAUCAACAGCAUCCCCUUACAGUUUUUUGUAGACGUUGUGUCAUCAAGCUAUGGUUGCAAAUCUACAAUGACAUUCGCUGCGAAGAAUUUCCCCGACAGCAUGGUUUCUUCAUACAGCUACAACGAUUUCAGUCGACAUACCGAUUUUGUAUUUCCUGUCUACUUAUUGUCGGACAAAUACAAUACAACAUUUGUACAGAGUUUUACACAACACGUCAAUACAACAACUACGAGUAACCAUUCUAGGAGCUUUCAUCUGUUUGAACUUUAUUCAAAAUGGCGACCAGUUCCUCGACAGCUCGGCGAAAAUCUUCUAUGUGUUUGGGGAAAGAAUAUGGAAGGAGUUACAACAAGAAAACAAUGCAUUGUAGGGCUCAUAGCGGAUUCAAACGAAUGUCUGUCCAAUCCCUGCCAUGGAUCGGCGACCUGUGUCAAUCUUUACAUGAAAUACGUGUGUUCUUGUCCGUCGGGUUUUAGAGGUCUCCACUGUCAGGAAAAAAUCACGUGUGGCGAGCACCCUUGUCUGAACAAUGGAACCUGUUCCUACAACACCACGAUCAGAUGUCGAUGCAUAACAGGAUUCACGGGAGAUCUAUGUCAGUUUGAGGAACAACCGUGCGUCUCCUUUCCAUGCAAAAAUGGCGGGAAAUGUAUCACUUCUGCGGGAAGGUAUCAAUGCCAAUGUCUUGGUGAUUUUACAGGACACGACUGUGGUAAGAAUAAACCUCUCAUCUCACAUGAAUGUAUUAUACAGAUACGAGACAUCUAGAUUUGUUUAUAGAAAUGAGAAC